AUGAGCAUGGAGAAGCAGCCUUGGACCGUCAACGGAUGGCGCGAGAAUCGUUACCAGCUAGACGCAGCGAGGUCUAACACCACGGCGCCAAUACCGCUGUCUGCGCCCACCGCCAUCAACCCAGCGUUCCAGAGCUCCAUCCUUGUACAGAAUUACAACCACAGAGACGAGGCCUGGAGACCAGACGGAACAAAGGAACAGAUCUCUACAGACGCUCAUGCGACUGCUGCUCGCCCAAUCCUUGUGUCCGAACGCCAUUCUCCGGCCCCAGGUGGCAACUACGGUCCGCCGCAGCUAAAUUUUGCCUCACCUCAGCAGCCUGCGUCAGGGCCUUGGCGGGGCUUACAUGACGAUCUUCGCAGGAAUAAUGAUACGACGCAAGUGAUAAAUGCUCCACCCUUGACCAUCCAGAUACCUCCGGCUCCCGGUGCUCACAGAUCGUCACCGCCUCUGGCCCAAGUGAAGUCUGAGCUUCCUACAUAUCCUCAAGAUGUACAGACACCGUCAAUCCAAGCACCGUCGCUGCCAUCAUUCGCAUCCUUCCAGAAGCAUACUACCCGCACUGACGAUGCCGAUGUGGAUGGUCCGGAAAUUGCCCCAAUGGCAGCUCGCCUACCUUGUAACACCUGCACUCAAUUAGGGCCCAUGGUUCGCAACGUGGCGAUUGCUGUCGCGGAGCUUGACGAGAAUGUGCAGAUGUACUGCAAUAAAGCGGUGACUAGAUCCCUGGAUAUGCCGACUGACGGGUCUGUGCGAACAGUUCAAUGGGUCCUGGACAGACUACGAUACGCAAAGGGAGAUAUGGUAGAAGCUGGCCGUCGAGUUCAUGCUCCUGCUUAUUUCUUCCCUCAUCCACCUGCGCCGAGUACCGUACCGUCGCGAUUAGACUCGCCACCGCGCAUGUUGAAGCGAUCUGCAAUGUGGGAGAAGGACGAGUACUCUAAUGUCAAGCGCCCUCGCUCUGGAGGUUCGCCAGGUAUGGCGGACAGCGUCAUGUAUGAUCAUCGUCGUGCCUCAGUCGACUUCUCUGGCCGUAGUGCAUAUUCGCCACAAGCAAUCGAAUCUGCGCCUUUGUCCGCCUACCCUCGACAAGGUUCACCCGGAAGACUGUUUCGUCCGCUCCCGUCGCCGUCGUCUCUUGCCUACCCGCAAUCGGCAGCUGCGUCACUCCCGCCGCCAACUGUCCAUCCGGGGUCUCCUACAAUGUCAUACCAGGCCUCGACGUCAAUCCACACAGCGACGACAGACUCUGCGACAUCUGCUCACAUAGCCAAUCUGCAACACCAAGUCACUUUAAAGUCUUUAUCGCUGCAAAGCCUACAAUCCGAGUACUCCACUCUCCUGCAGAAACUACAGCGCGAGAAGCUCAAAAGCCAGACGAUCGAGAAGAAGACCACAGUGUCUGAACAGGAGGUCAAUGACUUGACCGGCAAGAACGAAGAUCUGAGUGAGCAAGUUGUCUCCCUGCAGUCACAGCUCGAGGAGUCUGAGCGCAAGCGUGACAAUGAACGUGUUGAGACCGGAAAAGAAAAGGAGCAAUGGAGCCGUAUGCUCGAUAUGAGCAAUAGAUUGCAAGCAAAAUUGGCUGGAGAACGACAAGGCCUUGCUGAAGAGCGUGAUCACUUGCGGAGAGUGAUUCAGCAUUUAGAGCAGCAGACAAGCAGCCGCACUGACCACGGUCCCAACAGCGCAGUGUCUGCCGAUGGCCUACCAAGUUUCACCUCGGUGAACGGCUCCAAGACCAAGUCGGGAUAUAAUGGGAACGCUAACAGCGAUGCUGAUGGGCUGCGACGUGAAGUCAUGUCCAUGAGAGAAAGAGUUGCCACACUGACCGAGGCGCUUCAAAAAGUCCAAUCGCGCAGCCAGGAGCUGGACGACCACACGCGGCGCAUACAAGAAACUAGAUUUGAGCUGACCAAAACGUUGCGAUCCGUUCUCGGGAACGAUGUUGUAGACGAGACGUCCCCAUCACAACCUCUGCCAAGGACGUCUGUCUCUGAGCCUACUCCGAAGCUUGGCGCGAUUAUUCCUGCGACGCCCAUCGUGAUUGAGCAGCCGUCGCAAGUCACGUCAUACCACAAUGCAUUAACUUCAAAUUUGCCGCCACUGUCUGCGCCGAGGUCUGCCACCAAAGCAUCUGCUUUGCCGACGCCGACAAGCGCUACUGGGCCAAGCAUCGCAGAAAUGAUCAGCGCUGCUAGGGCUACCUCUCCGAACGCAGAAGAGCUGGGCAUAUAUGUACAGCCUUCGACGUCGAGUCCUGAGGAUCUUGUAAGGGCACUCGGACCAGUGCCAGCGCCGGCACCAUUACCUGCCUUCCGCUUCGAAGCGGGCUACCAGCACCAGUCGCAGUCACACGCGCCUAUACCGGCGGACAAGCAGACGCACUCUCCACCCUCGCACCAGCAGCCUUACGGCCACGCCUCGCCAUACAGGCCAUUACCGCCAGCGAGUCAAUAUCAGCAGUGGGGUCACCAGAAGUCGUCACCACCAUCCAGUCACACUUCGCCAGGUUCGUCAGGCCCGGGCGGUUCGUCUCCACGUGACGCCUCGCUGGCGCAAUCACAGCCACAGUCUGCUCCAAUACACGCUGGCUCAUACUCUCAACCUCAACCGCUAUCCGCAGAUAGCCGCCGAAACUCUUUGCGUGGCUUUCCUGACAUGGCAGUCACAUCGCCCGCUCAUGGGCCGGCUGGCUUCCGACAGUGGGAACAACCAGCAGGUCCUACCUCUAUGCCGCCUCCACCAAGACCUAUGACCAUUGCAGACUCGAGGACCGUAGGAUUCUGA